UAAUAAAACAGAGAUGUGGUUAAAAACAAUAAUCCAUUGUUAAAAGACUGACACUAUGUGGGACGGUCGUUCUGAUAGACAAUGUAACGAAUAAAUAAAUUGAAAAUUAAUAUAAAUAAAUUAAUUAAAUAAAUUAAAGUCGACUAAAAUGGUGUCGAUUAUUUAUCUUCUUUGCGCGCCAAUUCUUCUUGGCUUUGCGUCAACUGUGCCAGUACAAGAUACUAAAAAUGUGAAAGGGUAUAAUUCUGGAUAUCUCUCGGAUUGUCCUGGUAAAGAAAAUCCAAUACAAAUUUCAAAGGAGAGUUUGAGAAAAAUCCGUAUUAAAGUAAUAGGAGCUAAAGCGACACCGAGUUGGAUUAGGAGGAAGUACAAUUAUUACCAAAUUAAAGAGAUGGCCAAUGACCCCACAAUGGACUACGGACAAAAGACUAUACUCUUCAUGAGUGGUUACUUUGACAAUCCAGAUUUACCGCCUUCCAGAAUUUUCGAGAGUAGUUACAGAAUGUUGGGCUAUAACGUUUGGUUGGUAGAUAUUUAUAAAUUUGUGAACUACCAAUUUCCUCAAGUCGCUCGAUUUGCACCUGUAGCUGGAGGUCAUGUUGGGGAAAUGAUAUAUAACUUGACUCUUCAAAAUGUUGGUUUCGAUCCCAAGAAACUUGAGUUACUGGGCUUGAGUCUUGGUGGGGAAACUAUCAGUUUCAUAGCCAAAUCUUUCAAGGCGUUAUCGGGCAUCAAGUUCAGUAGACUCACUGCUUUAGACCCAACAGGGCCCUGCUUCAGAAAUUUAGGCCCGGAGUACAGACUGGACCAGAGUGACGCUGACUACGUGGAGGUAGUAAGCACUAAUAUGGAUGGGUUAGGCCUAGCUACUCCAGUGGGUCAUGUAAAUUUUUAUAUAAACGGAGGGGAAUAUCAGAUAUCUGACGCUUAUUGGAUACCCUGUGAAUUGCUAUGUAGUCACGUUAAGGUCUACACGAUAUGGUAUUCAGCAUUAAGGAAUCCAAACAGUUUCAUCGCAAUGCAAUGUGAUUCAGUGCAACAAGCUAGAGACAUGAACUGUUACGAUAGACAACACUUGGUUACUAAUCUUCUGGGUCUCAACGUUAAUAAGACAAAACAUGGUAUAUUUUAUUUGGCAACCUAUCAUACUUAUCCUUACUAUAUGGGCGAGAAAGGAUUGAAAAGAGAAUUCGAACCUAUUUCAAAUUUUUUCAAAGAACUGAAUAAAGAUGAUGUUAUUGUUGUAUAAAUUGAUAAUAAAAUAUUUUACAGAA